GAGGAUCUCUCGCGAGGAAGGACGCCAUUAUCGCAGCCGCCCGACCAAACACCACGAGAAUUCGGCAAGGGAAACGAAUCAGAUUUGCAUGAACUGACAGAUCUGUUCCGGUCCAGCGCUGCUGCCUGUUUCUGAAUGAUGACAGAACAGGAUUUAGCUGAUGUGGUUCAGAUUGCUGUGGAGGACUUGAACCCAGAUCAUCCAGUUGUGUUGGAAAACCAUGAAGUGACAGACGAAGAUGUAGAACCACCUUUAAAACGCCAACAGAUAGAAAUUAAUUGCCAGGAUCCCUCAAUUAAGUCGUUCCUGUAUUCCAUUAAUCAAACGAUAUGCCUGCGAUUGGAUAGCAUUGAAGCAAAGCUGCUAGCCCUGGACGCCACUUGCAAAUCACUGGAAGAGAAGCUGGACCUUGUCAUGAACAAGCAGCAUAGCCCCAUCCAAGUUCCCAUGGUGGCGGGUUCCCCGCUUGGCGCUACCCAGACAUGCAACAAAGUGAGAUGCGUCGUCCCUCAGACCACAGUAAUACUCAACAACGAUCGUCAGAACUCGAUUGUAGCCAAGAUGGUAGGACAGGACGAGCCACUGAGCAGAGCGGCAGAUUCACUGGAAAAUAUCCUUAGCAAUGCCGUUCCAGGGAGGAGGCAGAACACCAUUGUAGUGAAAGUCCCGGGACACGAAGACAGUCACAACGAAGACGGAGAGAGCGGCUCUGAAGCCAGCGAUUCCAUUUCCAACAGCGGCCAGCUAGGAGGCCAGAAUAUCGGGAACAAUGUUACCCUUAUCACGCUGAAUUCUGAAGAGGAUUAUCCCAGUGGGACGUGGCUUGGAGAUGAAAACAACCCUGAGAUGCGGGUGCGCUGCCCCAUUACGCCAGCAGACAUGCUCCACAUCAGCACCAAUUGCCGCACAGCUGAGAAGAUGGCGCUGACGUUGCUUGAUUACCUCUUCCAUCGGGAAAUCCAGGCCAUCUCUAACCUUUCAGGACAGGGGAAGCAUGGAAAGAAGCAGCUAGACCCUCUCAUGAUUUACGGCAUCCGUUGUCACCUUUUCUAUAAGUUUGGGAUCACAGAGUCUGACUGGUACCGGAUCAAGCAGAGCAUCGAUUCUAAAUGCCGGACAGCGUGGCGGCGGAAACAACGAGGGCAGAGCCUUGCAGUGAAAAGCUUUUCAAGACGGACCCCUUCCUCAUCCUCUUAUAGCGGCUCAGAGAGUGCUCAGAGUACGACGUCAGCCCCAAACGAGAUGCAGGCAAACCAGCCACAAGCUCUUCACUAUGCUCUGGCCAACGCCCAACAGGUCCAGAUCCACCAGAUAGGUGAAGAUGGCCAAGUCCAAGUAAUCCCACAGGGUCACCUCCACAUAGCGCAGGUGCCACAAGGAGAGCAGGUCCAGAUCACGCAAGACAGCGAGGGUAACUUGCAGAUACACCAGGUUCACGUUGGACAAGAUGGGCAGGUGCUACAAGGUGCUCAGUUGAUUGCUGUUGCCUCUUCUGAUCCAGCAGCUGGUGGCGUCGACGGAUCGCCACUCCAAGGGAGUGAUAUCCAAGUCCAGUAUGUCCAGCUGGCGCCUGUAACAGACCACUCAGCUGCUAAUCAAAACACAGAUUCUCUUCAGUCCGCCAUCCAGCCAGAAAUGCAGAUAGACCAUGGAGCCAUUCAGAUUCAGUGAAACUGAGUCAGCGGGGGAGCGGCGGAAAAAUCUUCAGCCGGCAGCUAAAGAUUCCAGCCGAAGAGCAAAGUAUACAGCUUCUCAGCCUAGGGGAAGUCCUGCCCGACGCCUCCUGUACAUAUGAGUGUGACCCAGCUCCACUGAUCUGAUUGUUUGGACCCAAACACACACGUCUUCAUAUCAAGACACUCCUCAUGAUUCCACGGGCAGCUAUGGGAGCUGCCACAUUCUUUACUCCAGUACAAAAGACUCCCAAAAGGUGUGGCUUAGCCACUCCGGGGGGAACCUCAACCCCCCCAACUAUACCUAACCUUGCAGGAGGCAAAACCAAGCUAACCUUAAUUAAUCAAAAGAUUCCAAGUGAAUUAAUAUGCCGUCAUUUCAUCUCUUCCAUGACUCAUCCUUGCAAAGGUCUGUAGAUACUUUACCAGACUCACGGCUGUCUUGGAGUACGUACAUACCUUGCUGCACAGAAAGAAUCAAGAGCGCAAAUAUAUUUUGCUUCUGAAAGAAGAUUUUUUUUAAUUUGCUAUGUUUAUAACAAAGAAGUGAAAGAUGUAUUUAAGAAAGAAAAUUGGGUGUGGGUGGGGGGAAGGGGCCCGUUAUCAUAAACGUUAGCUUCUUUUUUGCUGCUGUUUUUCUGUUUUCAGUGUACUCAUAAAGUAUUUGCGAAAAAAGAAAGAAAGGAGAAAGGAAGGAAGGAGAAAACCCAUACAUACCCAUGCCUUUUUUUUUGUUGAUAUCGUUGCUUAACUACUUUUCUAAAGGGGGAAAAACUACU